UAAACAUUUCCCUCUAGCGAUCGGAGCUUGAACUACUCAUUGCGUCGUCAUGGCGGCUCAGACCCGGGCUCUGGUGUCAAGUCAAUGGCUGUCAGAAGCUAUCAUAAACAAACUCAUCGGUCCCAAGCUUCGUAUCCUGGACGCUUCAUGGUACCUCCCGAAAACCAAACGGGACGCGAAGGGUGAAUUUGUGCAGAAACACAUCCCGGGCUCCUCGUUCUUUGACAUAGACGAGUGCAGUGAUCAGAGCUCUCCUUAUGGUCACAUGCUGCCAACUUCCAACUACUUCUCUCAGUAUGUUGGAGAUCUGGGCAUCGGGAACGACACGCACGUAGUUGUAUACGACACCAGCGAUUUUGGGUCGUAUAGCGCGCCCCGAGUUUGGUGGAUGUUCCGGCUGUUCGGACACAGUUUUGUGUCGGUGCUGGACGGUGGUAUGAAGAACUGGCAGGCUAACGAUCAUCCACUGACCUCUGAGUACUCCAAGCCGGAGCGCAGAGAGUUUAAAGCCACUAUGAAUGAAUCGUGGGUGAAGAGUUAUGAGGACGUACUGGAGAACAUCAAGACUAAGCAGGUCCGGGUUGUGGACGCAAGGUCUGCCGGCAGGUUUAGGGGUGUUGAGCCAGAGCCCAGAGAUGACACCCUGCCAGGUCAUUUCCCUGGUGCCAUCAACAUGCCUUUCACUUCUUUCAUGGGUGACUCUGGAAAGCAGCUGGCAAAUGAGGACCUGUCCAAACUGUUCAAAGAAGCAGGGGUGGACCUGGAGCAGCCACUCUGGGUCACCUGUGGAUCUGGUGUCACGGCGUGUCAUGUCGUUCUGGCUGCUCACCUGCUGGGGUAUCCUGGGGUGUCUGUUUAUGAUGGCUCCUGGUCUGAAUGGUUUAAAAGGGCAUCUCCAGAGCAUAUCAUCUCAGAGGGAGAGGGAAAGAAGGUGUGAAAUGAAAGAGGGGAGAGGCAAUGGCGCUACUUUUCCUUUACAAGACAAAGCAAUGUGUUUGCUGCCAAUAAGUGGAGGAAUACAUCAAUACAAAACUAGUGUCAUAGCACCUCAUUUGCACUAAUACUCAGUACAUACACAAGCUGUGCAUAGUGAGCACAUUGGUCGGUUUCAGCAGUUAUCAGAAAUCUCCUCUAAGGUUUACUACUAUCCAUGGUUUCACAUAGAAUGAUCAGAUAUAUGUUUUGAUGCAUUUGAAAGCUAUAACUUCAGGUUUAAAAUGGGAUUUUCUUCCAAGAUGGUUCAGCUCUGUUAAGAAGAGGGACUUUUGAUUCUUGGAAAAUGUGCACUUUCUUGGUAAGAGGAUGGCAUGUCGAUAUACUGCUUUCUUUACAAAUGUUACAAUAAAUGGAUGCUUGAGUUCCAUGUUUUCUCAUACUUCAUACAGGUAGAUCGUCAUAUCUACUUUCCAUAUGUUCAGCUCAUGUCACGGAAGACUCCUGUAUUCAAUACCCGGAAAAGUAAAUGUUUAACUUUGUUAGAAUGGUUAUGGAAGACAGAAUUGAUUGAGAACAGUUACAUCGUGUUACUUUAGCCUUCCUCAUACAGCUCCAGUCCUACACUGACUUUAAUGCAAGUCAGUCAUUUUCACUUUAUAACAUUAAUAACUGUUGCAUUUAAAUAUAUAUUUACAGUAAAACCUACUGUAAUCUCACUACUUGAAAAAGGUGAAGCUAUUAAUAGGCCCACAGAAAUCCUGCAGCUGAGAAGCCUCUAGCAUGUAACAAAAAUUUGAGAUGCUGACGCAGAGGAAAUCAAAACCAGUUUAGUCCGGUUCCUGUGCUUGAUAUUCGAGGUGUCUGGCAAGAUGCCCGAUUACCAAAACAAAGUUGAUGUAUUUUAGUUUUUGUUGUGUGGUGGCAGUGUGUGUAUCUGUGCAUUUUACUGUAUGUAACUGAUAUGUGACCAGAAAUGCAUAACAAUGUGAAAAAAAUAUAAAUAAAUGGCUAAGGAGGUGUCCCAUUUUGAGAGUGGCUUAGAAGAUUGCAGUGAAUCUGUCCACUUACACCAACCUGCAUAAUCCUCCUUUGAUAUGGACAAAAUUACAUAUGAUUUUUGAAGAUGAUUAAACAUGGGGUAUACUGAGUUAUGUUAAUCAUUGUUUAUGAUGUCAGCUGUUACUAUGUUCCACUGAGGCAAAAAGAAACAUGUACAGACCAGAACAAAAGACCAUUUCUACUGGGCAAUAGAGAACGAACUAAUCUUUUUGAACAAUUCUUUUUGCUGAGGGCUUUGUCCAUUGUAUCUGCAGGGAAACAAACUGCUUCAAAUAAAAUGCAUCUUCCACUCUGA